AUGCUCGGCCGGCUCGAGAUGGAUGUUGAAGAAUGUAUCGUGGCCUACAACAGUUUGCUCAAACAAAUAUUUGAGAAAAAGGCCCAUCGAAUACCAUUUGGCCGAUCAGGACGCCUUCAUUCAAGAUUUGACAGUGCAAAACUCAAGACUGCGAUCGAAGAGGUGAUUGUCACACAAGGCUACUCCACAACAGAACCAUUCAACGAUGGGAAGUGUCGGGGAUGCAGAGUAUUUGUGUGCAGUGCCGAGAAACACAUAUACGGAAUCACACGCCUGCGAAGUUAUGACCAUCCCCACGAAUCAAAGAUUGCUGCCACGAUUAGCGAAGCUGCCCUCGCCACGGCGGCUGCCACCGGCUUUUUCGACCCUGUCUCGAUCGGAGCGCGUUGUUUUAUAGAUGGGGCGUUGGGGGCAAAUAACCCUGUCGUAGAGGUAGAGAGAGAAGCAUCUGACAUUUGGUGUACGGACACUGGCGACUUAAAACCCCUGGUAAAAUGCUUCGUCUCUAUCGGAACCGGAAACCCUGGCAAGAGAGCCGUUGAAGAUAAUCUGCUGAAGUUCUUGACUAAGACCUUGGCCAAAAUCACCACAGACACGGAACGAGUGGCCGAAGAGUUCGCGUCGAGAUGGAGACAUCAUUACGACCAGAAGAGGUACUUUCGUCUCAGCGUCGAGCAAGGACUCCAGGACGUCGGCUUGGCUGAGUAUAAAGAACAGGGUCGCAUCGAAGCGGCGACUGAUCAAUAUCUACGCAAACAGCAGCAAUCCUUUGGAAUUCGAGAUUGUGUUGAAAGCCUUAGGACCAGGCAAAAUGCUGCACCAACUGAUCAAAGUCAUGAAUGCAAUGUUGCUGUAAUGCAAGCCCGCACGAUUACAGAAGCUUCAGAACCGUUGGAAAGACGCCAACUGACGUCUACCGUACCUCACUCAUCUUGUGUCUGUCACUCCAUUCCACCUGUAAAUAAACGGUUUAUCCCACGAGAAGAUAUCUUCGAAACCCUCCACCAAAAGCUGUUCAAGCCAAACGAGACCCAGAGAGUUACAUUGUUCGGACUCGGAGGCAUUGGGAAGACCCAGGUAGCAUUACAUUUGGCGCACUGGACGAAAGUGAACGAGCCGACAUUUUCAGUCUUCUGGGUCUCUGCGAUCAACAACGCGGCUUUUGUCCAAACAUACACAGACAUUCGACGAAAGCUUGCUGUCCAGGAGACUACCGCCGACGGGGAUGCCCGGGAAUGUGUCCAGCGCUUCCUGGACUCCCCAGAUGCUGGUAAGUGGUUGAUUGUGGUAGACAAUGCUGACGAUAUGCAAGUCUUGUCUGGCUCGUCCAAGAAUUCGGACGGAAUUCAGCAGUAUUUGCCCGAAAGCGACAAUGGUGUAAUCUUGUUUACCUCCCGCUCAAGGGAAGUGGCUUUGGCCUUGAACAGCGAGCUGGUCGAGCUCAAAGAAAUGACGACAAACGAGGCGGAACGAUUGCUGGAGAAGUCUUUGGUUGAAAAGGACCUGCUUAAAGAUCGAGAUGUAGUGAAGACUUUGCUGCAAGAGCUGACAUAUUUGCCACUGGCAAUCACCCAGGCGGCGGGUUACCUCAACAGGAACCGAAUAACAAUAAGCAAGUAUAUGGACCUCCUGGGAGGAACGGAGACGGAGCUGGUGGCGUUGAUGAGUCGAGAAUUCCCCGAUACGACUCGGCAAUCAGAAUCACGACACGCCGUCGCCACUACGUGGGUUGUAUCUUUUGACCAGAUCCAAGUCCUGAACCCUCCUGCCGCCGAAUUACUGACAUAUCUAUCGUUGAUCGAGCCGAAAGCCAUCCCGUUGUCGAUUCUGCCACCGCUCAAUUCAAUGGAGGCGAUAGUACACGCUAUUGGGACCCUCACAGGCUAUGCAUUCUUGGUGCAGCGUGGGGACACUGAAAUUUAUGACAUGCAUAGUCUGGUCCAUCUGGCCUCAAGAAUCUGGGUGAGUAGGACAGAGCACGGCGCACGAGUGGAAAAGGAGUUCGUUGAGCACCUUACCCGAGUGUUUCCCAGAGGUCUGUGGGAGAAUCGGGAACAGCGGCGAUUAUACCUACCGCAUGCACUUCGUCUUCUCCGAGGAGAGAGAACAAUGGAGUUGAGGGAGCGUUAUUCUCUCCUUGGUGACGUAGGCGAAUGUUUGAGGUCGGAGAGUUGA